UGGGGUAGCUGGCGGCGGGCCUCCGCCCCCCCGCCGAGCCGGCCGCCCGGGCGCCGGGAGUCAGUGGCGCCGGUGUCAGCGGUGCGGGAGGUGGUGUACCGACAGAGGGACCCGAGUUGUGGUGGUGCAGGGUCGGCGGGCGGUCGCGUGCCAACGGGAGAGCACAAAGGAGCGAGCAUGGAGAUAGCCGUGCGAAAUUUCGUCGGAGAUGUCAGCCGCUUCCUGGACGCCUCGCUCUCUGCUGACGGCUGGGGAAGCAGCUGCGAGGCUCGAUGCCGCUACCAGCUGCAGCAGCUGCGCACACAGCUGCAGCUGCUGGUGGUGCGGUACCCAAUCCUCGGCCCAGCCGGGACGGGAGCCGAUGACGCCACGUACGACGACACAGCGUCGGCCGACCUGGAGUAUGAUGACGCCGGCGGCCAGGGCGAGACGAUCCAGGAGGCCUACUAUGACGACACGGGCGGGGGCGACGGAGGAGACACGUACGAUCUGCCUUCCGAGGCGCAGGAGGAGUAUGAUGAGCUGGGUCCGGCGGCCGUACCUGCGGCUCAGGACUCGGCAGAGCGUGCAGAGGCUUACCUGCCCAUGGGCGGCAAGGCGGCCAGGAUGCUCGGACUUCCCGAAGGUCAGCCGGCCCCGUCCGUGUCGCUCGAGGCCCCGGCUCCGGACCCGGAGGUGGUCUCCAUCCAGUCCCAGACGUCACAGGAGUCGUCUGCUGCCGAGCAGGUGCCGGCCGCCCGAGUGAGCUCCUCCGCUCGCCGCUGGGGCCGUCUCCAGCUGCGACAGGAGGCGAAACUGUGGCUCUCCUCCAACUACAAGGCCUUCUGGGCCGGCCUGACCGAAGGCUGGCUGUAUCUGUACCGGAACGAGACGGACGCGGCGCAGAAGCGCUCCAUCUGUCUCAGUGGAUAUGAGGUGCGCCAGCCGCCGCCAGGGGCGGAAGUUGACGCUAAAAAGCGCCCCUUGUGUUUCGAGUUGGUGAAGCCGGGAGGGAAGACACAUCAGCUGUUGGCGUUGACACCGAAGGAUGCCCGCCAGUGGAUGGCAGCACUGGAACUCGAGGGAGUUCGUGCGGGUAAGAGCGAGCGGGAGCCGGCGGCGGAGCCCGCACAGCGGUUAGCGCCGCCCGCACCCGGACCGGACCCAAUGCUGUCGGCUGCGGCCGUCUCGGCGGCUGCGGCUGCCACCGUGGCUCUGAAGCGACAGCAGCAGUCACACUCGCCUCCUGUCAGCCCGGUGGAGGAGGACCUGUACUACGAGCCAGAGCAGGGGCACGAAGCGGUGGAGGAGGACGAGAUUUAUGAGGAUAUUAGCUGGCCGUCGGCGGGGCGACCGCAAGCGACAGACGCUGCGCUGCCGACUGGCGGUCCCGCGGUAGAGGUCGAGGAGGAUGAAAUAUACGACACGGUCGGGUCACCGUCGGGCAUGCCACCGGAGCCGGACUGGCUGGCCCCGGUGCUGCCGCCGCCACCCCUCCGAUCGACACUGGGCAGGACAAGAGCCCUGCCGGCGCUCCCCAGUGAGACGACGGCAGCACCCCGGUCACCGCCGCCGCCACCUCUGCCGGACCGAGCACCGCUGGCGCCGCCCGGACAGCCGCCGCCGCCGCCCCCGCCCGGACAGCCGCCGCCCCCGCCACCUCAGAGGGACGGACGGGGACGGGCCGGCUCCGUCCCAGCCGUACCGACCCUCCCACCGCAGCUGCCUCCGCCACCGCUGCCACAGAGGGUCCCGGACACUGCGCGCGUGCCAUCCCCAGCAGCAGAUGUCAUAGAAGAGGAGCUGUAUGAUGAGCUGGGGGAUACGUCAGUUCACCCCGCCCUGGCACCGCCGUCCGACCCGUUUUACAAUGUGCUGGAGUCGGAGUACUUGCAACCGCCGUGUCAUCCCAGUCCUCUCCCGGUCAAAACGCCCGAGGAAGCGCCUGAUGAGGGGUACGGCAACUCAUCAGGUGGAUCAGAGAAUGACUGUCAUCCCCCACAGGAGAGCCACUACAAGACACUACCCAAACAGGUGCGGCCCUUCCGACCGCCGGGCACCACGACGCCAGAGACACCUACCGUGGAAAACGGGAACACUCAGCCGCCCCAGCCGCCCUCUACAACCACCGACGGACCGACACGACCCACGAAGCUGCCUCUUGGGUCGCGGCCGCGCGCCGGUACCGCCGGAGCUGUGAGCGGUUCAGGGAGCGUAGCCGACGUCAUCCGGCGGCUGAAUCGACAGUCGACCGGUGACGAUGAGCCCGCACCCUCUGCGGGCCGGCCCGGACCGCGGCCGACGAAUAUACCCGUCAGCGCCGAACUGGCCCGAAAACAGGCGCUGAUUGCCGGCGGCGUGCGAGCGCUGAGUCCCGUCGGUAGGCCGGCAGCGCCGCCGGCCAAGCCCGCCGGGUCGCCAGCCAAACCCGCCGUGCUGGCGCCCAAACCGACCGCGGCUGCCGGCAAGCCGAAGCCGAAGCCGGCGCUGCCGGUACGCCAGGACGCCCGGUCGGCGGGCUACGGGAGGACUGGAGCCGGCGGAGAGUCCCGGCCCGGCCCCGGCCUCGUGCCCAACAAGUCGGGCGUGUACAAAACGCUGCAGCGGAUGUCCGAUUCGGAGAGUCGGCCGGCAGGACGCCCGGCCCAGGGGGCGGACGGGAUCCACGCUGCGCCCUCCAGUCCAGAAGAAGAUGAAGUGUACGCCGAAAUAGACGAUGACAGCUGGCGGACCUGAGACCGAUCAGUCACCGGGUGUCAGCUGUCACGCGCCAGUCAUCAGUCGCCCAGUCGCUGGGCCCUCGCCAGUCACACCGAUCGAGCUUUACCGCGCCGCCGCCAGUGGCGCCACCGCCGCGCCGAACCAAAGACGCCGUGAUCACCGCGAGCUUCGCGAGGCGCCUGGUCGCGCGCCCCGCUGCCUGCCAUGUACUCGUCUUACGCGAGGCGGACUCAAACUCGUCACUGUUCGUCUCCUUCAUAUAUUCAUAUAUUAUAUUUUCAGAAAUAAACACGCUACUGAGUUAAA